AUGGCUUUUUAAUAUAAAAAAUACCUUCAAAGAUUGUAGAACUCUUCCCUUAAUAUAUAACAUUCAAUAGAAGGUAUUUAUUAUCAAUAAUAACAGGGGAUUCCUUAGUAUUUUGUUAAAAGUACAACAUUUUCUCAAAAUAAUGUGUUAUGUAAUACCUUUAAAGAAUGAAAUGA